AAACCCCGUAAUCUUCGCAUCCAUCGAUUCGAUCACCAUACAUCCAAAGGAGCCAGCCGGGAAUUAAUCGCACCGGUCUCGAUCACAAGCCUCGCUCGUACGAUCUUUCUAAUUAACGUUCCUGCGUCAGCUGCAAUUCUGCAUGCGCACGAUGAUGGCUUGUCACAUGAAGGCCGUCGUCGUGUUCGGGGCUGCCGUGCUGGCUGCAUCUGUGCUUGCGGCUGAGGGCCGCGCCGCACGGAAGGACCUUGGGCUGGGCCUCAACCUCGGCGGCGGCGGCGGGGUCGGAGUGGGCUCCGGCGGUGGCCUGGGCAUCGGCACGGGCGGCGGCGUGGGGAUCGGCUCAGGGAUCGGUGUGGGCAUUGGCGGCGGGGGCUCUGGGUCCGGCUCCGGUUCCGGGUCUUACUCAGGCUCUGGGUCUGGCUCCGGCUCCGGGUCAGGGUCAGGGUCCGGAUCUUACUCAGGCUCGAGCUCGGGUUCCGGCUCGUCAUCGGGCGGCUCAGGCGCGGGCUCACACGCCGAGUCAGGCGCCGGCUCGAGCGCGGGGUCUGGCUCUGGCGGAGCAGGGUCGUACGCCGGCUCCCGAGCUGGCUCCUACGCGGGCUCUAACAGUGGAGACGGAGGAUCCGGCGCGGGCUCUUACGCUGGCUCGGAAGCUGGCUCGUACGCAGGGUCCGGAGCCGGCCCGCAUGGAGGUUCCGGGGCAGGUUCGUACGCCGGCUCGGAAGCCGGCUCCUACGCAGGGUCAGGAGCUGGCCCGCAUGGAGGGUCCGGGGCCGGCUCGUACUCUGGGUCCAGGGCUGGCUCCUACGCUGGCAGUGGGCAUGGCAAGUGAGCUUCAAAUAUUGCUGCAUGGGUUAAGUUCAUGCUAUUGCUACCCUACUGAAUUAGUGCUGUUGUGCUUUGAAACUGCGAAGCUUGUAGUCCCAUCAUCCAUAUGCUUGGAUCACCUCCAUGCAUUGGUUCAUAAAUAAGUGUGGAGGUUGUUGUGUGUGUCGUCACCAUGGUGAAUGACGAAUAAGGUGAUAUGUGUAUGUAGAUGUGUACUAUUACGUGGACAUGAAUAAUUUGGCAUAUAUGAAGAUUGUUGAUUUUACAUAAA